AUGACAGGCCAGGUGUUGGUGGAGAGCACUGAUUUAACAGCCCACCGGCUGUCCGUCAAAACCUCCAUGGAUGAGGAGUCUGAGAGAGCAGAGAGCAUUCUGAGCCGUGUGCAGUCAGUGUGUGAUGACACCUCUUCAGAACUGCAGCGCGUGGCCACGCUGGAACCUCGCACUCUCGCCUCACAGAACUCAUUCCGUGGCAGAGGGGCCUUGUCCAGGUUGGUAAGUAUGGUGGUUACCCUGCGGGACUGGGCCCAUAAGAGUCUGCAUGAGGAGCAGGAAAGGCCCGACUCGUUCCUGGAGCGAUUUCGGGGGCCAGAGCUUCACGUCGCUCCUAGUCGCAUCAGCACCAGUCAUCCCGACCCCCGCGACGCGGACGGCGCCGUCAAGACCAAGAAGAAGUCAGAAGCGUUCAUCCUGGCACCUGCAGAUGACAUCUACUACCGCUGGCUGUUGGUCAUUGCCACAGCUGUGCUGUAUAACUGGUGCCUCCUAGUGGCCAGGGCCUGCUUUGAUGAGCUUCAGAUCAACAACUUUAUCCUCUGGCUGGUCCUAGACUACCUCUCUGAUCUCAUUUACAUAGUGGACAUCUGUGUAAGGCUGAGAACAGGCUUCCUGGAACAGGGUUUGCUCGUGAAGGAUCUCUCUAAGCUGAGAGAGCGCUACGUUCACACACUGCAGUUCAAACUGGACCUGAUAUCCACCCUGCCCACAGACCUGCUUUACAUUGCCACUGGCGUCCACGUCCCAGUGCUGCGCUUCAAUCGCUUAAUGCGCUUUUCACGCAUGUUUGAGUUCUUCGAUCGCACGGAAACGCGGACCAACUACCCCAACAUGUUCCGGAUCUGCAACCUGGUCCUCUACAUCCUCGUCAUCAUCCACUGGAACGCCUGCAUCUAUUUCGCCAUCUCCAAGUCACUGGGAUUUGGCUCCGACCAGUGGGUGUAUCCCAACAUCUCUGACCCAGAAUUUGGCACGCUGACAAGAGGUUACGUCUACUGUCUCUAUUGGUCCACACUUACGCUGACCACCAUAGGCGAGAUGCCGGCCCCAGUUCGGGAUGAGGAGUAUCUCUUUGUGGUCUUUGACUUCCUGGUAGGCGUGCUAAUCUUUGCCACCAUCGUGGGCAACGUCGGAUCCAUGAUCUCCAACAUGAACGCCACACGGGCCGAGUUCCAAGCCCGCAUCGACGCCAUCAAGCAUUACAUGCAGUUUCGCAAGGUCAGCAAGGAGCUGGAGGCGCGGGUCAUCAAGUGGUUCGACUACCUCUGGACAAACAAGAAGGCCAUGGAUGAACAAGAGGUUCUGAAGAGCCUGCCCAACAAACUCCGGGCGGAGAUCGCCAUCAACGUCCACCUGGAGACGCUGAAGAAGGUGCGCAUCUUCCAGGACUGUGAGGCGGGGCUUCUGGUGGAGCUGGUUCUCAAGCUGAGGCCUCAGGUGUUCAGCCCCGGGGACUACAUCUGCCGGAAGGGCGACAUCGGGAAGGAGAUGUACAUUAUAAAGGAGGGUCGUCUGGCCGUGGUGGGAGACGACGGGGCGACGCAGUACGCCCUGCUGACGGCCGGCAGUUGCUUCGGGGAGAUAAGCAUUCUCAACAUCAAAGGGAGCAAGAUGGGCAACCGCCGCACCGCCAACAUCCGCAGCAUCGGCUACUCCGACCUCUUCUGCCUGUCUAAGGACGACCUGAUGGAGGCGGUGAUGGAGUACCCCGAAGCCAAGAGGGCGCUGGAGGAGAGAGGGCGGGACAUCCUGCUGAAGGAGGGGCUGCUGGAGGAACUGAGCAUAGGGGGUCUAGGGGCGGAGGAGAUGGAGGAGAAGGUGGAGCGGUUGGAGGCCUCUUUGGACGUACUGCAGACGCGCUUCGCCCGGCUGCUGGGAGAGUACACAUCCACCCAGCAGCGUCUGAAACAGAGGCUGGCUGCCCUGGAACGCCGCAUGCACUUCUCUGGCAGCGGCUUCCUGUCCGACACAGACGGCAACGACAGCACCUUUGACGGCGAUGGGACACACAGUGAAGUUAAUAUCCAGCUGUGA